AUGCAAAUCGGAGUGAGGUUUGGUGGAGAAACAUCAUUUCUCCAGGUAGAGGCGCUUUCGUCGAUAUUGUCGCUGAGGAAAUCAGUUUGUAGUAUAUUUGGAAUGAACUCUGAUGCCAUUGCACUGCUGCACAAUGCAAGCGUACUGGAAGGUUCAAAAACAAUUGCUGCAUGUGGAAUACAGAAUCUUGACAUUGUUCAAGCAUGUCAAAGAGUACUCGGCGGAGGAGGAAACAUGUCUGAAAAUGACAAGGCACUUGUAAUGCGCCAAAGAAUAACAAGUAAAAUGAUUUGCCGUGGAUGCUAUGCAAGAUGUGCAAUCAAGGCAUCGACAUGCAGAAAAUGCCACUGUUCGGAUCUUAGGUGCAAGAAGGAUGCAAAAAACACCACUUCUAAGAAAUAA